AUGCUCCCUUAAUUACCCUUCAAUUCUUAGAACAGUUUUCUUGAGCUCCUUUUCUAGCUUCAGUCUUCUUAUCUAAUUCACUCUUUGAUCAAAUAAUCAGAUUUUUCAGUUCAGUGAAUUCAGCCCAAAAAAAAAAAAACUGGAACUACGUACAACUUGGACAAGUUUGUGCUGCUUUCAAUUCAUCCUUCGGUACUGGUCCGAUACGUGUUAUAGGUCACAAGUUAAACCCGUCGAAACAACCGCUAAUGCUUGCAUUAGGGUUAGUUGUUUACAUCACGCCCUUGGGAUGUGGUCCUUACCCGGAUCCCACGUGAACGCGAGAUACUUUGUGCACCGGAUUAUGUUGCCCUUUAUUCUUUUCUUGAUUUACAUGUCCAAGUGUGAAAAAGUUGCAGAGCUGACAUGGGAAAACCCGCAGAUAGGAAUGCAAGGAGUUGGGGGCAUCCUCUCCAUGUCCCAAACAAAACCAACAAUAUUGGGAAGAGCCGGCGAUACAUUAGAGUCUAUCGUGCAUCAAGCAACAUACCACGGGCAAAAUCAGACUUCAAUUCAAAAUUAUGGCCAAAAUCAGAAUCUGAAAUUCGGGAUGUGUGUAGGAAAAUGGGGCGAGAGUUCGCAACAUCAAAUGGCGCCUCCUCCUUCCACACGUACAGGAGGAGCAACAGUGUUGGCUAAAAAGAGGAUGAGAUCAGAAUCAUAUGGUGGAAAUUUAGUAGGAGAAGAUGAGUAUGAAGAACGUAGCGCAUGUGCAAGUGCCAGCGCUACGUUCUGUAGGGAGAAUGACACCACUAUGGUGACAUGGCCUUCAUUUGAUGAAUCUUCUCGUAGCAUUAAAUCCAAAACCACUUGUGACGAGGAUUCUGCUUGUCACGAUGGUGGCUCGCAGGAAAACAAGGAGGAAGAACAUGAAACAAAAGGAUCCAACUCAUCAAGACGCAGCCGAGCAGCAGUUGUUCAUAACCAGUCAGAGCGGAGACGUCGAGAUAGAAUUAACCAAAAGAUGAAAACUCUGCAGCGGUUGGUACCAAAUGCAAGUAAGACAGAUAAGGCAUCAAUGCUUGAUGAGGUAAUAAACUACUUAAAGCAGCUACAAGCACAAGUUCAGUUGAUGAGCAGUGCAAGAAACAUGGCGCCACAAAUGAUGAUGCCGCUCGGAAUGCAUCAACAUAUUCAGAUGUCACUACUAGCAAGAAUGGGAAUGGGCGUUGGUCUUGGUAUGGGCAUGGGAAUGUUUGAUAUGACUGCUUUAGCUCGCGCUGCUGCUCCUCAUCAGUCUCUUACAACGCAUUACCCCAUUCAUACAAAUCCGAUCGCCAAUCCCACUAAUCCAUUCAUCCCACCAGCCUUCGCCAUGCCUGCAGCCCCAGCUAUUCCUUCCGCCGCACAAGCUAAUACUGUCGGCAGGGCGACAACUGCUGUUACACCGGCCCCCUAUAGCGCUUUUCUAACGCAAUCAAUGGACACGGAGUACUUCAACAACAUGGCAGCUUUGUAUCGGCAGCAAGCUAAUAAUCACUCUACGCAGACAACAGACAGCAAACUCAACCAGGGAAAUCUCAAUAUCCAAGGCCAAAGGGAAUAGAAUAUGACAGUUUAUGUUAUUUUAUGAUAUGAACUUCUUAUUUGUGUCGAAGAAUUGCAAGGCUAUUAGAUGACAAUAUAUUGCUCAUCGAAUAUCUUUCUAGAGUUGACAAGAAUUGAUGUGCAUGCAGUUGUAUAAACUUUGUAUUCAGUCCAAUAUAAAUGGUAGUUUAAUGUACGUAUGCGUAACAA